AGAGGGCAGGUGUGACCUGAUGAUUUGAAUAUUUCCUGGUACAAGUAAACACUGCAAGCCUCUGUUGACCUGGUUUGAAUGUUAACUGUAAAGGAUACACUGGGAGCAGCUGAUGAAAUACGCCUCCACCAUGACUUCUUUACACAGCGAGCUGAACAAGAUUUCUACAGAGUUCAAACAUCUUUCACUCAAGAGACAAACACUUCUGGAGAGGAAAAAACUACAGUGCAUAUUUCAGGAGUUGAGCAAUCGUGUUCAGCUUGAACAUCCAGAGGAUGAUUCUUAUCAGCAUGAGAUUGAUAGCAUUGAUGAACAACUGAACCAGCUGACAAAGAGGAAGGCAGAGCUCCAGAAAAAAUACGACAACAUCAUCUACGGGGAGGAUGAGAAGAAAAGCCAGAAAGGUGUGUCCAAAUGUACAGCAGCACACCGUUUCUCCAUCAUACUAAUUUUGUAUUCCUUUUCUUUUUUGUUAGAGUUCACCUCCAUCGAAAAGGUAGUGCCUGACCUUCCUGGAAUUUUCUUUGUUGCGCAACCUGAUUUUCCCGCACCUACAGUGAUUCUGGACGUGGAAAAGCUUCCCCGGUGUCCGACCAGGACGCAGUGUCCCGAGUGUCGAGAAUUCAUCCUGACAGAGACUUUUACCUCCAUCAACGGCUUCACCUGGCUCAUAUGUUUCACGACAGCUUUGACUGGUUGCGUGGCUGGUUGUUGCUUCAUUCCCUUCUGCAUGGAUAGAUUCAAAUCCAUCACACACCGAUGUCCCAAGUGUCGAACGUCACUCAUAACUAUUGAACAACUGUGAGAGAAAACCAGUUGGUAAGAACUUGAAUCUGAAAGAGCAUCAGACCUGAUCAUGAGCAGUAAAUAUGAGUAGUUAAAGGAUGACACUCAUGUCAGAGGGACAAACUGGUGUCUGUAUUCGGAACGGUCACCAGCAUCCUAGAUUUGUUUAAAGUUACGACAAGGACAGUACGUGACAUCCAGUUAUUCAAAGCAGAAAAGCAAACCUCUAAUAGAAUCAUUUUGAAAUGAUCAUCUGCUUUUACGGACUCAAAGUGAGUUUCUCUUUGGUGUUGAGUUAUACCAGUUUAGUAACGACAAAAAUGUGUCAUUAUAGCACACCCACAAUCCUUUUUAAGAGUGUCUUUUGAAUUGUGAAAAAAGGCACUAAUGUUCUAAUAGGAAAACUGUUGUUGAAAAAAGUCAAUCAUACAAAUAAUAACGAUAACCUGCAGAGGCUGAUGAUGCACCACUGUUGAAUUCCUUUAGAAUUCAACAUAUUCACAAUACUGUGUAUAUGUGUAUAUUGUUACUUUGACACGUGUUAUUUUUCUUAUGCCGGAAAUCAUAUAUUUUACUUCAAAAUCCACUUUGUAAUAUCUUUUAUACAUAAAUACGUGUCCCCUCUGUGUUAAGAGAUUCAGAACGUUUCAAGAAAAAAUAUGCUCUCAUUUUGUCCUGAUCCAUUUAUAUAUACACCUGUCUGAAAAUGAGCAGAUUAGUUCUUUAAGCUGUGUUUGUUUCCAUUGUGUUCUUUAAACCAAUCACUUCGCAGAGGGGCGUGGCCAGCAGCAGCUCAUUAGCAUUUAAAGCUACAGACACAUAAUCUUUUGAAAACAGAGGGGUUUAUGGCAUGCUACAAUGCAUGAUCUGUUUGGUAUUUCAACACUUGUUUUGUAUAUAUCUGAGACCUAUAAUAUUUAGUUGAAAAAGCAUUUAAUAGGGGACCUUUAAUGAAAAGGAAAGCAGUCAGACCACAGGUCUUUGUCUUGAAAGGGCUGGGUGUGGCCAGCAGGUGUCACUAUAGUACAAAUCAACUGAAUCGAUAUUUUAGUGUGAGGUCAGCAAACAACCCAAAUGAGCAGAGGUUCAUACUGAUGUUGUUUUUCUUCUGUAUCAUGUGGGUGCUCUUCUGAUGUUACAUUGUGAUGCUGCACAGAGUUUGGUAUGGCCUGCCAUGCUUACACUUCCUGAAUAAACUACCUAAACAAAAACAAA